AUGGGAGCUGCCAUACAAACAGUACUAAUAACAAUUCGUGGUCGUGGUGUGAAUGCUCGCCAUGCACUGUCGGUACAAGGCGGUACUCUUAACGCUAUUCUUCUUGCUGCCUCUACAUGGUUUUCAUCGAUUUUAGCUCUAGAACGUACGUUAAUCGAAUUAUUUUUCUUUAAACUAUUUGGUUUGACAAGAAAACAUGCACUUAUAAUUGUAUUACUAAUUCUUAUAUUUUGUGUAUGCGGACGUAUUCCUACAAUGUUAACGAAAGUGAUAGCACGGGACCCAGAUGAUUAUCAUCAUCAUUCAUUUAUAUGUACGUGGAAAGCAGAUACAAAUCUAUACAGUAAACUUGAAUUAAUCUAUCAAUGGAUUAACACGGGCGGUACAUGUUUUCUACAUUUCCUAGCAAAUAUUUUAACCCUAAUUAGUAUUGCAAGACGUAAAGUUUAUUUAUCAAGAAACCAUACAUAUGAGAUUACAUAUUGGCGUGCAUGGUGUAUACAACUUUCAAAGCAUCGCGAUUAUUUUAUACCACCGACCGUGAUUCUACUAAGUCAGUUAGGUCCAAUAUUAUUCUUUCAAAUCGGUGAGCGUCAAGAAUGUUUAGAACCGAAACCAGGUUUGUGGGCACAUCUGCACUUAUCAGUUAGUUUUUUACAAUGGAUUCCACAUACUGUCAUAUUUUUAAUAUUUAUCUAUCCUUCAGAAAUCUAUAUGAAAGAAUUUUAUUCAAAUACAUAUGCUGGUAAAUGGCUUUUAACGAUAAAAGAAAAAAAGUAUACAUGUUGUUAUUGA